AUGUCGGCUAAUGAUGGAAGAAGCUUUAUCAUCUCCAACCAGGCAAAGUUUGCAAAAGAUUUGUUACCAAAGUAUUUUAAACAUAAUAAUAUGUCAAGCUUUGUAAGACAGCUGAAUUUGUAUGGGUUUAGAAAGAGAUCAAACCUGGAACAUGGUAGCAUGCAGGGAGAAAAUGAUGUUUUGGAAUUCUAUCAUUGCUUCUUUCUCAAGGAUCAAGAAGGAUUAUUGGAAAAGAUUAAAAGAAAGACAACAUCAACUAAGUCUGCAGACAGUACUCAAGAAACAACAAAGGUUCUACAAGAAGUUUUGUUUGAUGUGAAGAAUAUUUGUGGAAAACAAGAGAGUAUGAACUCACUCUUGUCUCGUAUGAAAAAAGAAAAAGAGUUUUUGUGGAAAGAAGUCGCCAUUUUGAGACAAAAGCACCAUAGACAACAACAAAUUGUAGAUAAGUUGAUCCGGUUCGUGGUUACUUUUGUGAAGACAAAUGGUGUCCCGGGAAUAAAACGAAGCCUUCCUCAAGUGCUAGAUAAGAAGAGUAACAAGAUGCCUCGAUAUACUGGAGAUUUUAGUAACGGUGAACCAAGCAGGACAGAGAAAAAUAGCCUGGUAAUACAUGACAUCACUGAUGUUUUGGACGGUGGUGGUCCAAACCAGGAUAACACACCCAGUGUUUCAUCUCCCAAGAUGACUCCCACUAACUUGACAUACAGUGAAGUUACAAAAAUGCCCUCCGUAAAUACAGCCUCUUCUAACAAGAUUGUAUGUAUUCCGUCAGCUCGCACCGUAGACACCACUGCUUCUGAUGAUUUACUGGAUUUAGUUUCAGCUCAAGAAAGUACUGGAACAAAUAAGGAAGUUAUUCAUGAACCUUACAUUUCUAAUGUUUGCGUGAAAUCGUCAGAAUUCUUCACUACAUCUGUUAUCACAGAUUUACCAUUGCCAAGUAUGAGUGACACCAGUCCUACAUUGAACACUCCUAUUAUUCAAGUUUCUACUCCUGUCACUCUGUUUCCAAGCUCUUCCUUUACAGUGACAUCUGGCUCGUUGCCUACCACCAUUUCAAACAGUAACAUUCAACAUAAUGGUGAUGCUGACAAGAAUGUUGGAGAAAAAUAUUCCUCUAACCAAGAGAAAGAGCUUCGAUUAUCAAUCCCUGAAACCAUGAAGUUAAGGCAAAAUUAUACCGAGUAUUUAGAAGACGUAGAUACUGAGCUGGAUUGGUUCCAGAAACUUCUGUCACAAGAAACCUUGAAUAUUGAUGCAGAUAAACUAACCGAGACUAUUAGAAAUCUUUUGAUGCAGAACACUGAACAAGAUGCAAGUAGCAGCAAGUGGCAGAAUGGGAAAGUCUUCUGUGAUGACGUUACCAACUUGACAAACAUAGAGCCUUUGGAUUCAAAGAAUGAGAGUAAACACGACUCAAACCAGAUUAAAGGUAAUGAAUUGAUCCAGUACAACCCUCCGCCGCUAUCUGUUGGAGAUUGCUCGGACAACCUAGCUAGCCUGUUGGCUAGUAUUUCUUCAGAGGUCCCACCCGUAAUCAGCAGCCACUCGGAGACAGCUGAAGAACCUCCUGUUACAACAUUUGCUGACAGCAAUGAUAAUUUUAACUUGCCAACCAACACUGUAGCUGACACUAGCUUUACCGAGGUUCCACCCUUGGAAAUUGACUCUCUUCUUUUUGAUGGUGUUUUGCCUAGUGAUGAUGAAAGUUUAGUGUUGUGAAGCAUAUUAAUAUUUUGUACAACCCUUCUCUGUUUUUUUAAUAGGUUUAACAGUGUAUUAUAUAAGAUGAAUAACAAGAGUUAUUGCAGCUCCACAUUCGCUAACAUAAAAAUGUUUGCUGCGCUGCGUACUUCUUAAUUUUCCCAGAUGUAGCUGAAAGUGAACAGUGGAAACAUCAGGUCGUCAAAAUAGUCUCUGUUAAUCCCUCCUGUACUAAUUGGUUAUCAUUUCAAUAAUAAUAAUAUAUAUACAUACAUAUUAUUAGGAUCUUGUAAUAUUUCUGAAACAUUUAGGCUAUCUAAUAUUAUUAAAACUAUGGCAGAAACUGAUUUUAUUUUUUUAGUUGGAAAUGUAUAUAGAAGUUAUGUUUGUAUGCCCUUACAAAUAGUUUAACAGCACAUAGUAAAAUUAACUUGACAACAUAAAAAAAAUGCUCGAUUUCAGUUCGUCAAUUAUCAACAAUGUGUCAUUUUUAAGGACCUUUUUGUUUUUUAUAUUUUCUGUACCAAUACUAGCAAAUUUCACGUGUUUAAACUUGUAAUUAAAACAAAGUGGUAGUCAUCUUAUAUGUGAUCUGGUAAUACAUUUUUAUUUGGAACUCAUUCAAUCAAACAGAAGUGUUUAUAUGGAACAAGAAAAAAUAUAUUACCCUGUACAGUUUGUUAAGUUUUAAGCUCUGUGAUACUCUGAUGCUACAACAAUUAUUAAUUAAUUAGUACUGCUGCCACCAGGUGAAUAUGGAUAUCAAGGUUUGAACAGUGAUAUAUUUUUUUGAACACUGUGGCAACUUUGAAGGUCAAUGUGUUAUGCAGCUAACAGUGGUUGUAUAGAUGUAGGGGAUGCUGACUGGUCACUAAAGUAGGGAUAAUUAUAUCUGAACUUUAGGGGGAUCUCAGAAUUUUAAGAUGCAGUUUAAGUAAACACUAAGUUAAGUCUGAAAAAUUGAAAUGUAAGAUUUUAAAGUCAAUUGAAUUAGGCAUUAAGGAAAAAAAUAACUGUUAACAAAUCUGUCAAAAAUCAGCAUGGUUGUUAUUUUCUUUUUCUAAAACUUAGAAGAAAUGCAAUGAUUGCAUUAAAUAACCCGUUUGUCAAUUGCCCGUGACUAUAUGUAUUCAAAGCCAUUUUUCUGUCUGUGUAAUCCUAGUGUAUGAAUGGGGGGGACAUCCCCAAGUUUUAGAAUGAAUAUAUUUUUUGAAGUGUUGCAGAGUAGUUAACCUAAUGAAAAACAUAAUUUCUACAUAUGAUGCUCUGAGACUUAAGAGUGGAAGGUAAAAUUAAUGUAACAAAACAAUUAAAUAUAUAGGUGUAUGUGUACAUAAUUACCUGUCAUUAACACAAAAAUAACUAUUCAAACAAUCGAGGACAGAAGAAUCGUGAUUGACUUUGUUUGUUUUUUUUAAUCUUAUAUAAACUAACUAUGCAUGCCAGGGAUAGUGAGAAGAAGAAAAGCUUAACUUGAGGCCAAAUUUAUGACCAAGGGCAUAGCUCCAUGGUGGGGGACAUGUCCUCUCUGUUAUGGUGUGCAGAAAAUUUUGAGUUAAAUAGACAUUUUCCUUCACUUUCGUUGGCCAUAAAUGCUAAAGAGUAACUUGUUAUUGAGGCCUAAUAUUUGCUUUAUUUGGAAUAUUUGUGUGCCUCUGGAAGUUUUUUGUAACGGACUAAUACACCAUUCUUAACAGAAAUGUCAAAUAGUUUUUGCCACCAUUUAUCAGAAGUCAAUUUUGUAGAUACAGAAAAUACUUGCUAUGUUUAUUAGUAUUUUGAAAUUUCACUAUGCAUAGUGAAAUAAAUUGGUGAUAUUAAUGUUAAAAAGAGACAUCUUGUAAUACUUAAUUAACGACUCCUGACGACAGACAUUCAACUACAUAUAUAUAAGUUAACAUUGAUGUUAACCCAACACAUGAUAUCUCAAGUCAAAAGACUAUUGUCAUUAUAAACACACAUUUUUUAACUAAUUUCUCCAACCUUUUAGUCAUCAUUUGUUUGUGGGCCAACUUGGCAUUUUCAUGUCUUACUCUUUACCAUGCUUAACUUUCAAUGUAAUGAAAGAUGUAUCUCUACAGCCAGCCAGAAAACAAUGAUCCAAAAUUACUUUUGUUGAAGCAUAGGUAAAAUGUCUAGUUAUUUUUGUAAUGUUGUUUAUACUUUCCCCGACUCAUUGUUAACACCAAAUUUGAUGAUCUUUACAGUAUGAUUAGCUGGUAAUUCUCUCUCUCUCUCAUGGUUUGGGCUGCCCAAAUUUUGUUUCUGUGGAGCUAAAACUUCCAGGUUUAGCAGCAGUUUCAAAUGUUUGUUUUUGUACUUGUAUAAUUAUUAUUAAAAGCUAUAUAGGUAUUAGCCAUUUUUUACUAAUUACCCAAAACUUAGUUGCAAAAAAAUCUUUUGGUGUAAUUUUAUUUACACAUUAAAUUUUUUUCAUUUAACCCAUUCACUGCACAUGGACCAUAUAUUUCAAAGUGCAUUGGGAAUAUACGUUCCAGCUGUGGUGAAAGGGUUAAAGUUAGAAGUAGAUGUGAGGAUCUGGGAUUGAACUGAAGGUCUCUGGCUUUUACUAAUUUUAGACUGUCAGAUACAAGAUAUUCAGUUUCCUAGUUUUUCUUUCUGCUGAAGCUAAUGAUGAAAUAAUAGAUUUUUUUUUUUUAAUUUCAAGAAAUGUGCAGAAAAAUUAACUUAUCUGUGGUAAAAACAAAUGUUUCAAGAUUUUAUUUUAUAUACAAGUGGUUUCCAGCAGGCUAUAAAGACAUUGCUAUUUUAGUAUAUAAGUCACAAUACUGGAAAUGCAAACUUUAGAUAACUCUGGUGCUUAAAGUCUACAUAAGCUUACAGAAAUAAUUGAACAACUUGAGAUUUUUUUAUUAUCUGAUGUCUACCCAUGAAAGGAUAUUUCAUCAUGUAUUCUCACUGAAAUCAUUUUACAUAAUUUAUACUUAUAUUUAACAAGUAGUAGUUUCCAAUGAUGUUUCUAGCAACUCCAAAUUCUUUUGGAGGUGAGUAUCCGGGACUAGGACUGGGGUCCUAGUCCGGACACUGGGAGAGCAUGUUUUGGUGUGACGGGGAUUCGAACCCGCAGAUUGCGAGUCGAAUUUAACUAGUGAUUCUAAACAAUACCUAUCAUUCACUUUAAAGCACAAAAAAUUUAUAGGAGUUAUAAAAAAAUAUUCAUAUGUAUUUUUAAUUU